AUGCAUAACUCCAAUAUUUUUCGUAUCGGAAUCCUAUAUACGCUGGGCCUAAUAAUCAUAAAUGGGCCAAUAAUUGUCUCGGCCAAUACACCCCAAAAAGUGAAUGAACAAAAAAAUGACUAUUUCUAUGUGGACGGAGUAAAGUAUCGCAACCCUUCAAACGAGCACCCUGCAUGUAGAGGCAAUGUUGAUCUGGUGAUCAUUGUAAAAUGGCCUGGUGGGCUUGAUAAAUAUAGUUGGAGCGAAAAAAUCGCAGAGUAUUUACCAAAGUUUGUUUCUCAGCUGGAAAUUAGUGAGAAUAGGUUUAGAGUGGGUCUGAUAAUGUCUCAUACCUAUGAUAAAGAUUUCCUUGUGGAUCUGAACGGAGAGCAUUCUCUUGAUAAGACCAAGUUGUUGGAGGAAGUUGAAAAGAGUGUGAAUGUUUCAAAUUUUGUGAUUGGUACAAAGUUGGAAAAAAUGUUGAAUGUGGCUUAUUUAAUGUUUAAAAAGUCCAAACGUUUAAAUACCGUCAAAAUGAUCUACCUCAUAUCAGAUGGUAUGUAUAUUUCUGAUGAGGAAGUUGAAAAGGUUCUCAACAAAGUUCGCGCUUAUCCAAUACAAGUCUACGUCCAAGGCAUUGGUGAAACUUCCAAGCUUUGGCUAAAACCUCAUAUGGGUUGUACACUCGACAAUUCCUAUCCCUGUCCAAAUUUCAUGUACUCUAAGAUAGAUGAACCACUGGAACCUAAAGAUGCUUACACUAGAAUGUGUUUGGGUAUGCCACAAAAUGCCGUGUGUUUUAUCCAAUAUGGCGAAUUUAAUUCUUGCAAAUUGCCAUGCUCUCCAUAUUCAGUAAAAUCUGCCUUAGCCACUUCUUACACUACGUUAAGAGGGCCUACUUUUGGUUAUGUGGGAUUUAAACCAGGCGUUGAUUGUAAAAUGCAAGCUCAUUUUAAGGAUAUGAAAUUCAAAAAAUGCACGCUAAAAGAUUGUAUGACUGAUGAAGAAUACGCUGAAUAUUUGAAUAAUAAGAAGAAAAAUAAUCGGAUAGACAUAAAAAAUGCAGUUACGCCUAUAAUGGAUAAAGAUAAAGGGUCAAAAUCCACAAUUGAUGAAAAAUCCCCCACAGGUGAAGAAACUGAUACAUCUGACAAAUCGCAAACCGAAACUGGUGAAACUGUUGAAGAAAUUGAUGAAACUAUAACUGAUGGGACUGAAGAAACUGAUACAUCUGACAAAUCGCAAACCGAAACUGGUGAAACUGUUGAAGAAAUUGAUGAAACUAUAACUGAUGGGACUGAAGAAACUGAUACAUCUGACAAAUCGCAAACCGAAACUGGUGAAACUGUUGAAGAAAUUGAUGAAACUAUAACUGAUGGGACUGAAGAAACUGAUACAUCUGACAAAUCGCAAGCCGAAACUGGUAAAACUGUUGAAACUACAACAAAUAAUACAUCAGAUACAAUUAAUACAUCUGGUGGAACUGACAAAUCGCAAGCCGAAACUGGUAAAACUGUUGAAACUACAACAAAUAAUACAUCAGAUACAAUUAAUACAUCUGGUGGAACUGACAAAUCGCAAACCGAAACUGGUAAAACUGUUGAAACUACAACAAAUAAUACAUCAGAUACAAUUAAUACAUCUGGUGGAACUGACAAAUCGCAAGCCGAAACUGGUAAAACUGUUGAAACUACAACAAAUAAUACAUCAGAUACAAUUAAUACAUCUGGUGGAACUGAUAAAAUUGGCCCAAAUCAUCCAAUAAAUAAUAAUACUUUCAAGACUCCUAUCCACAAAGUAGAUCACAAGAGCCCAGAAAAUGUUGAGGAAUCUAAAGAAAAACAUGAGGCCAAUAAGCAUGCGGACUCUACCAAAGACACUAAUGGUGAAAACAAGGGUAAUGAAAGUAAAAACAAAUUUUUAAGCACAGCAAACAAAGUCAAGAACGCCUUGUUCUACACAGCAAAUACCAGAAAGUUAGUCUCCGAUAAGCCUGAGACGAUUGAAUCAAAUGUUUCGGUGAAAUCUACCAAUCACUCAAACAAAAAUGUUGCUGGGGAUAACAACUCAAAUCCAAAACAUAAUAACGCGGAUGAGGUAAUCAAAAUAAACAAUGGACACAGUGAAGCGCAUACAGACGAUUUUGAGUCGUCAAAUGACGUUCACACAAUGUCUAUCGGCAAUCAAAAUGUCAAGAUUGCCGGUGGUGUUGUUGGUGGUGUUGUGAUAUUUGGAUUGGUUGCUUUGGCCUUCGCUAAUAAGAGAAAACAAUCUACUGGAUAUGGAUAUACUGGAUUGGUAUACGGGGAUGAAGACGAUGAAAUCAAAUACGAUGAGAAUCCCGAGGAAUUCACCGUAACUGGCAUAGAUGAUGCUCUUUGGGGUGAAAAAUGA